AUGGACAACCCUCACCGUGCCUGGUGGAAACGUGUCCAUCUCCGCUACACAGCGGCUAACAUUGGUCUCCCCCUUUUUGUGUUGUAUUUUUGUUCUACAGUUCCUUGUUUGUGGAGGACUGGCUCUUGGACGGUGGCUUACAGCCUUGCGACAGGCCUCAGCAUCACUGCAGGCUAUCAUCGUCUUUGGGGUCAUCAAUCGUAUAAGGCAUGUCUACCGCUUCGCAUCCUUCUGGCCGCCGUUGGAGCCGGAGCUUUACAACUGCCCAUCCGUAUGUGGGUGGCUGACCACCGUGCACACCAUCGAUUCACUGAUAGUGAUCGUGAUCCGUACAAUAGCCGACGCGGUCUUUUUUACUCUCACAUUGGCUGGAUUUUGACCUAUGAUUCAACCCGUUUCGGUCACGGCGGCGAUGGGGUUGAUCUAGGAGAUCUAGAUUCUGACCCUGUCGUUGUUUGGCAGCGUCGUCUAUAUUACCCCUUGGCUGGGCUCAUGGCUUUCAUCUUCCCAGCAUGUGUUGCGGGACUUCUAUGGGGUGAUUGGAUGGGCGGCUUCCUGUAUGCGGGGUGUUUAAGAGUGGUUCUUGUGUGGCAUGCAUCCUAUUGCAUCAAUUCGCUGGCGCACUGGGUGGGAGAUCAACCGUACUCGGCGAGCAAUACGUCACGAAAUCACAUUGCCUUGGCGUUCUUGACUUUGGGUGAGGGUUAUCACAACUACCAUCAUGCUUAUCCGUGGGAUUAUCGAAAUGGGCCUCGCAAAUGUGAUUUUGACCCGACCAAGUGGUGGAUAUGCACAUGGGAAAUGGUCGGAUUAGUUUGGGAUGUGAAGCGAUUUCGGAAAGUUCGAAACCAGGUACGGCCAAUAGCUGUUCAUGCCAAGGAUACGUAG